GUUCCCUCUCUACUGAGGACGUGGCAGCCCACCCCCAGUUCUCCAGCUUUCAUACGUCACGACGGAUCAAACAGCUACCGUUUGAUGCAGCUCGGGUGUCUGGAGUCCGUAGCCAAUUCCACUGUCGCCUAUUCCUCCUCCUCUCCUCUAACUUACUCCACCACUGGCACUGAGUUCGCUUCCCCGUACUUCUCCACUAACCACCAGUACACCCCGCUCCACCACCAAUCCUUUCACUACGAGUUCCAGCACAGUCACCCGGCUGUGAACCCCGACGCCUACUCUCUGAAUUCGCUCCACCACUCGCAACAGUACUAUCAGCAGAUCCACCACGGGGAGCCCACCGAUUUUAUUAAUCUGCACAAUGCUCGGGCUCUCAAGUCCUCUUGCUUGGACGAGCAGAGGAGAGAGCUGGGCUGCCUCGAUGCUUACCGCCGCCACGACCUGUCUCUUAUGAGCCAUGGAUCCCAGUAUGGGAUGCAUCCAGAUCAAAGACUCCUGCCAGGACCCAGCCUGGGGCUGGCCGCCUCGGGAGCAGACGAUUUGCAGGGAUCAGUGGAUGCCCAGUGCGGGCUCGUUCUCAAUGGCCAAGGUGGGGUGAUAAGAAGAGGUGGUACUUGUGUGGUUAACCCCACCGACUUAUUUUGCUCUGUCCCUGGUCGCUUAUCACUACUGAGUUCCACUUCCAAAUACAAAGUGACCAUAGCAGAGGUGAAGAGGCGCCUCUCACCUCCUGAAUGCCUCAAUGCUUCCCUCCUGGGAGGUAUUUUGAGAAGAGCAAAAUCCAAGAAUGGGGGACGAUGCUUGAGAGAAAAGCUGGACAGGCUGGGCUUGAAUCUGCCAGCAGGAAGAAGGAAAGCGGCCAAUGUCACUCUCCUAACUUCCUUAGUAGAAGGAGAAGCUUUACAUUUGGCUCGGGAUUUUGGCUACACUUGUGAAACAGAGUUUCCAGCCAAGGCAGUAGGAGAACAUCUUGCCAGACAGCAUAUGGAACAGAAAGAACAGACAGCAAGGAAAAAGAUGAUUCUAGCUACAAAACAAAUUUGUAAAGAAUUCCAAGACCUUUUGAGCCAAGAUAGAUCACCACUUGGAUCAUCCAGACCUACUCCAAUACUAGACCUCGAUAUCCAGAGACAUUUAACACACUUCAGUUUGAUCACUCAUGGCUUUGGGACUCCAGCAAUAUGUGCAGCCCUAAGCACUUUCCAAACUGUCCUUAGUGAAAUGCUGAACUACUUGGAAAAACAUACGGCACACAAAAACGGUGGAGCAGCGGAUUCUGGCCAAGGACAUGCCAACUCGGAGAAAGCCCCCCUGCGGAAAACUUCAGAGGCUGCCGUGAAAGAGGGCAAAACAGAAAAGACAGACUAGUUACAUCAAACAGAAUCUAUUUCCAGAGAAUCUCGCUGCUGAUAUUUUUUUCUAAUAUAUAUAUCAUUGAGGGUGACUAAUCUUCAGUGGACCAAAUCUCUUCCCUCCCUUACCCCUCUAGAAAAAAAAAGGAAAUGAAACAAAAAAAAGGACAAAACAAAACAAAACAAAAAAAACUCAACAAAAAAAGGAAAACAGCAGUGUAAUCGUGUGAUGAAAUUGUCACCUUUUUUUUUUAAAUUUUAUGUUGCGAUAAACUCCUUUUGUGCACGUAUUUUAUUGUUCCAAAUUAUCCUCAUCACAGUUUUAAGCACUUCUGGACUUUGGAGAGGCAACACAUGCUUUUUCAGAAGCUAACUGAUGCACUUUCUCAACCAAACGUGUAGUUAGGGAUCAGGAAGCAUGUCCAAAAUGGGAACAACCACCACCAGCUUUUACGGCUCCAGCAGUUCUCUUGACUUUAACCUUGUAACAAAAGAGUGCCUCUUUCCACUAAACAAACCAAGCCAGCAAUCAAUCCAUCAAUAAAUGUUUUGGAAACCUGAAAAAGGAAAGUCAUGAUGUUUUCUGUCCUGUGUAAUAAUAGCACAUCAUCUGAAAGUGUGGUCACCUCCAGCAAUCAGUGCCUUGGUGGUAUUUUUAAAAUUCCAGAGAUGUAGGCCCCUUUUACCUCUUGCCCCAAAGUCAGGUUGAGUUUCCAAUAGCUUAAGAUGAGAAUCACACAACAUAACACUGAAGUGAGAAGGAGCCUCUGUCUGCCACUACUCACACCUAACAAGUCAAGAAAAUGCCCCACAAUUCGUAGGUUUGGGGUAAAGGAUAAGGAUAAGGUA